UUGAAUGAAAGAGCUUUGAGCUAGACACAUUUUUGUCGUUUCUGUUAGAAUUUACUUGAGGGAAAGUUAAAUGUGCCCUUGUCUACAGCUGGAGAGCAGACGAGUUACCGGCUAUAUUUUAGAUUAAUUUUAUUUCUUCUUUCACCCCAUUCUCAAUGAAUGUUACUUUUUAGUAUGGAUCAUGAUCAACUUUAAUUUACUUUCAAUUGCUUAUCAGUGAGCUAUACUUUAUUAGUCUGCUAGAUGUGAAAUUUUUCUGAGAUAGAAGGGUGUUUGACACCCCUUCCAUUUAGCCUGACAAUGAUUCCCCUUUCACAUAGCAAGGAUGUGUACCGACCUCUUGGCUCCCGCCUCAAAGAAAAGAUCCAGAGCUGGAUUCGUAUAAUAUUUGCUGAUCGUAAUUCCAGGAAUCUUCUACUCUUUCUUAUACUCAAUCUCUCUUUUGCCUUUGUUGAGUUGUUUUAUGGAAUAUGGACCAACAGUUUGGGCCUUAUAUCAGAUUCGUUCCACAUGUUCUUUGAUUGCACUGGCCUGCUGGCGGGUCUUGCAGCAUCUGUUAUCACAAAAUGGAGAGCUAACGACAAAUAUUCAUAUGGUUAUGUUCGGGCUGAAGUUAUAGCAGGUUUUGUGAAUGGUCUCUUUCUACUUUUUAUAGCCUUUUUCAUCAUGUCUGAAGCUGUGGAACGUGCUAUAGAGCCUCCAGAAGUGAAGCAUGAGCGUUUGUUUGUUGUGUCUGUCCUUGGUUUGUUGGUGAACUUUGUGGGUAUUUAUGCAUUCCAACAUGGGCAUGGACAUGGACACGGGGGUGGACAUGGUCACUCGCACGGUGGAGGUGGCCAUGGCCACUCUCAUGGUGGACAUGGACAUUCACAUGGCGACUCCCACGAUCACUCACAUGCAAAUGAUGGCAAUCUGUCCAGUGGAAAUUCUCAAAUUAUGCAGGGCGUCUUCUUACACAUACUGGCUGAUACUUUAGGAAGUGUCGGUGUGAUAGUGUCUGCAGUUCUCAUGCAGGCAUUUGGUUGGAUGAGGGCAGAUCCUAUCUGCUCAAUGUUUAUAGCUAUUCUCAUAGCUUUGAGUGUUCUUGCAUUAAUCAAAGAUUCAGUCUUAAUACUUAUGCAGCGGCAACCAACCCAAUUGGAUCAUGUUUUACCCCAGUGUUAUCAAAAGGUAUCUCAGCUAGCUGGUGUGUACAGUAUACAAGAACCACACUUUUGGACACUGUGUAGUGAAGUGUAUGUAGGUGCUCUUAAACUAGAAGUUGCCAAAACUGCUGAUCCAAAAUACAUAGUCAGCCACACUCAUCUAAUUUUUGCUGGAGUGGGUGUGCGGCAGCUUUACGUACAGCUGGACUAUGCUCAUAUGUGAUACUUUAUGUUGUGACACUUGACUGCUGUUCAAUAAACCAACACACAUAUUGUGUGCAUUUGGCUAUCAAGCAAACCUUGCCAUAAUUACAUGGUAAUGUUGUACCUAGGUAUGUUUUUUUUUCUGUUAAGAAUGCAUUAGGUGUCUUACUGUUACCUUGUGAUUAUGGUGAUGCUGAAGAAACUAAGUAUUAUCCCAAUAUCAGGUUAUUUCUUUUUUACCUUGCUUAAGAUACAUAGUAACUUUUUUUCACAUUUGUUGAUUUUAUGACCUUUAUUUUCUUACUGAGGUGUUUUUCUUUAUGAAUUAUAGGACCGUGUCAAAAAAGUUUGAUGACAAAUUUAUGACAAAGUGAUAUGGUCUUUAUGUGUGCUGUAUUGUUAUUUGUACACAUUUUAGAUCUUUCAAAAUUUGUUCUGUGGAAGACUUUGGGAUUCCUUUACUCAAUAAAUGGUGCUUUAAAGGGGUUUUCAUGACAGCACAAUAUGUUAAAAUUAAGUCAGUACUUACUUUUCGUGCAAGUAACAAUUCCUAUAAAGUGUACCCUCUUCAAGAUCAGUAUCUUACUCACAUAGUCAUAGGGCAUUUUACAUCUUACUCAGAUACACUGAUUUUCUGUUAGCUUUAUUGUUGAUUUCAGGACUUACCCUUCUACAUUCCCAGUGUAGGCUUUUAUUUCACCUUUACAUUUGCAUGUAGUCUUUCACCAACAAGCUACAGACAUUUUCAUUCAUCCCUGUCAUGUUGAUUUACUAAGCGCACCAUGCUUAGGAUUGUGAUAUUGUUACAUUGAUGGGAUCAAGGUCUGGUGAGAUGAAUCUGUUUUGUUUUGACACAUUCCUUUGAUGUUUCCAUAAAUCUGGACUAGUCUGGAUUAUUAAAAAGAAUUGAGCUCUUCUCCAAAUUAUAACUUUUUAAUGACAGUGCAUUUUGUACCAAACCUGCCUAUGUCAUGCGAGAGCAAAUUGUAGUGCAGUUGUCUUCCAGAUUUUACCCAUAUUGGUGAUGUGUGGAUGUAUUGUGUGACUUUUAAAAAUGUAAUUCGAAAGGAUUUUAUCUUUGAUUUUGUACUGUUUCAUUUCUGAUUGUAAAGGAACACUUUUAAAAACUUAAUUAUUAUAUCUAAUGAUUUGGGUACCCUAAAGGCUGAAUUAAGAAAUGGGAUAUCGAUUGUAAUAGCUCAUUUGUAUUCUGGAUAUGGGCAUUAUUAUAGAUAGAGACAGUUAUUAAUGUUGUGGUUGUGCCUGUUUGAGCCGCUGGAAUUUUGUUGUUGAUUUUUGGAGAAUCAAUUAUGUAAUGUCUAGGAUCCUUCAUUGAGUGUGAAUCGUAAUACAAGUACAUAAUUUGCA